UGCCCGCCACCUGCCGCACCAUGGGCAGCGCCGAGGAUGCAGUCAAAGAAAAGCUGCUUUGGAACGUGAAAAAGGAGGUGAAGCAAAUCAUGGAGGAGGCUGUCACCAGGAAGUUUGUGCAUGAAGAUAGCAGCCACAUCAUCGCUCUGUGUGGUGCUGUGGAGGCUUGCCUCCUGCAUCAGCUAAGACGCCGCGCCGCUGGCUUCCUGCGCAGUGACAAGAUGGCAGCCCUGUUCACGAAAGUGGGGAAGACAUGCCCCGUGGCUGCAGAGAUUUGUCACAAGGUGCAGGAGCUGCAGCAACAAGCAGAGGGCAGGAAACCCUCAGGAGGCAGCCAAGAAGCCCUUCGGAAACAGGGCUCAACCAGCGGGAAGGCCCCAGCUCUCAGCCCACAGGCCUUGAAACACAUAUGGGUACGCACAGCACUCAUGGAGAAAGUUCUGGACAGGGUUAUACAGUACCUGGCCGAAAACUGCAGCAAGUACUAUGAGAAGGAAGCAUUACUGGCAGACCCCGUGUUUGGCCCAGUCCUGGCCUGUCUCCUAGUGGGACCCUGUGCCUUGGAAUACACAAAGCUCAAGACAGCCGAUCACUACUGGACUGACCCCUCUGCUGAUGAGCUAGUCCAGAGGCAUCGUAUCCGGGGUCCCGCUAAUCGCCAGGACUCCCCAGCAAAGCGCCCUGCCCUGGGGAUCCGGAAGCGCCACUCUAGUGGUGGUACUUCAGAAGACCGGCUGGCUGCCUGUGCCCGAGAGUACGUGGAGUCCUUGCACCAGAACUCAAGAACUCGGCUGCUCUACGGCAAGAACAACGUAUUGGUGCAGCCGAAGGAGGACAUGGAGGCGGUCCCUGGCUACCUCUCCCUGCACCAGUCGGCGGAGAACCUGACUCUGAAGUGGACUCCCAACCAACUCAUGAACGGGACUCUUGGGGACUCGGAGCUAGAAAAGAGUGUGUACUGGGACUAUGCCCUGGUGGUGCCCUUCAGUCAGAUCGUCUGCAUCCACUGCCACCAGCAAAAGAGCGGUGGCACGCUUGUGCUGGUGAGCCAGGAUGGCAUCCAGAGGCCGCCACUGCACUUCCCACAGGGAGGACACCUGCUGUCCUUUCUGUCAUGUCUGGAGAAUGGGCUGCUGCCUCGUGGACAGCUUGAGCCCCCGCUGUGGACCCAGCAGGGAAAGGGCAAGGUUUUCCCCAAGCUACGGAAACGCAGUAGCAUACGGUCAGUCGACGUGGAAGAGCUCGGUGUAGGACGGGCCACAGACUAUGUGUUCCGGAUCAUCUACCCUGGGCACAGGCAUGAGCACAUCACUAUUAACUACCACCACCUAGCGGCCAGCCGUGCGGCCUCGGUGGACGAUGAUGAGGAAGAGGAGGAUAAACUACACGCGAUGCUCUCAAUGAUCUGCUCGCGGAACCUCACAGCUCCCAAUCUGAUGAAAGAUGCUGGUGACAUGAUUGAGAUGCAGGGUUUUGGACCCAGCCUGACGGCCUGGCACCUAGAGCCCCUGUGUAGCCAGGGCUCCUCCUGCCUUUCCUGCUCCUCCAGUAGCUCCCCAUACGCAACUCCCAGUCAUUGCAGCUGUGUUCCUGACAGGUUGCCCCUCAGGCUGCUGUGUGAGAGCAUGAAGAGGCAGAUUGUGUCCCGGGCCUUCUAUGGCUGGCUGGCCUACUGUCGCCACCUGUCCACUGUGAGGACCCACCUGUCAGCACUAGUGCAUCACAACAUUAUCCCACCAGACAGGCCCCCCGGGGCCUCAGGCGGCCUUACCAAGGAUGUGUGGAGCAAGUAUCAGAAGGACAAAAAGAACUACAAGGAGCUGGAGCUCCUGCGGCAGGUGUACUAUGGUGGAGUGGAGCAUGAGAUUCGAAAAGACGUCUGGCCCUUCCUGCUUGGCCACUACAGAUUUGGCAUGAGCAAGAAGGAGAUGGAGCAGGUGGAUGCAGCUGUGGCAGCGAGGUACCAGCAGGUGCUGGCAGAGUGGAAGGCCUGCGAGGUGGUGGUGAGGCAGCGGGAGCGAGAGGCUCAUCCAGCCACACUCACUAAGUUCUCCUCGGGCAGCAGCAUCGACAGCCACGUGCAGCGCCUGGUGCACCGAGAUUCCACCAUCAGCAAUGAUGUGUUCAUCUCUGUGGAUGAUCUAGAACCCCCAGGACCCCAGGACCCUGAAGAUUCCAGACCAAAGCCUGAGCGGGAACCAGCAGCUGGGACUCCCAGCAUGGCUGCUGCAGAGCAGCAAUCUGUGGAGUUUGACUCCCCAGACUCCGGGCUGCCUUCUUCCCGCAACUACUCCGUGGCCUCAGGCAUCCAGUCCAGCCUAGACGAGGCACAGAGUGUCGGCUUUGAAGAGGACGGUGGUGGGGAAGAAGGCUCCUCUGAACGACCAGCUUCUGCAGCCCACACUUCUGAGCCCCAUGAUCCCGGCCAGGAGCAGCUUGCAUCAGCCAGUGAGCUUGAAGCAGGGGAGGAGCUCUCAGCUGUGUGUGCUGCGGCCUAUACUAUAGAAUUACUGGACACCGUGGCCUUAAAUCUGCACCGCAUAGACAAGGAUGUGCAGAGAUGUGACCGAAACUACUGGUACUUCACGACCCCCAAUCUCGAGAGGCUCAGAGACAUCAUGUGCAGCUACGUGUGGGAGCAUCUGGAUGUGGGCUACGUGCAGGGCAUGUGUGACCUCCUGGCGCCUCUCCUGGUCAUCCUCGAUGACGACCAGCUAGCCUACAGCUGCUUUAGCCACCUCAUGAAGAGGAUGAGCCAAAACUUCCCCAAUGGGGGUGCCAUGGACACCCACUUUGCCAACAUGCGUUCCCUCAUCCAGAUCUUGGACUCGGAGCUGUUUGAGCUGAUGCAUCAAAAUGGAGACUAUACCCACUUCUACUUCUGUUACCGCUGGUUCCUGCUGGAUUUUAAAAGAGAGCUGCUGUAUGAGGACGUGUUUGCAGUGUGGGAAGUGAUCUGGGCCGCCAGGCACAUCUCGUCGGAGCACUUUGUCCUGUUCAUUGCCCUGGCCCUGGUGGAGGCCUACAGAGAGAUUAUAAUUGACAACAACAUGGACUUCACCGACAUUAUCAAGUUCUUCAAUGAGCGGGCUGAACGCCAUGACGCCCAGGAGAUCCUGCGAAUUGCCCGGGACCUCGUCCACAAGGUGCAGAUGCUCAUAGACAACAAGUGAGAGCUGCAGCCAGAGGCCCCUGAGCUCCGGCAGGGAGAGGCCAAGGUCAUCAGAGCCCAGACUGCCUCACCCCACAUUCCCUACCCCACCCCUGCCAACCUUGCCCACUCAGCUGUGUAACCUAACAAAGUGACUGAGCCUGGGACGUGAGUAUGGGCAGUGCUGGCCCUACAGGGCAAGUCAGGGUCAGGAUGCCUGCAGGUCAUGACUGGGUGGGAAGGGUUGGCCUCAGGGAGAGUGACCGCCUUGGGGGACCACUACUCUUGUUUCCCUCUCAAACUACAGAAUAGCCCCACUGCCACCUGAAGCCUCAGUUUGGACUGUUUCCAAUGCCUCUUCCAGUCAAGCUGGGGCCCUGUAAGGUUAGUGGGGUCUACAGUGGCCUGAGCCUCAUCUAGCAGGAGUUGCAUGGGGCAAGGAGCUCCGUGCCAUAUCUCUCCUGAGACCUUUUGUGGUCUCAACUAGCCGCCUAUUCAGGCAUGUGUCCUGGGGUCAGGAGACUGGGCUGUCUUUCACGCUCUCCUGAGACUCCGGGGCAGCCAGAUGUGGGCCCUGGGUGGGAGCAGCCCACCUCAGCAGCACUGCCAUAGUCUCUGGCCACCAGAGUAGCCCCAUGAGCUCCCCCUACUCAUGUCUGUACAGUGCCACUCGUCAACCUGCCCUCUUUGUGCACUGGAAAUCCCCAGGACUGCACAGAAGUAGCACAUUUGCUCGCUGUAUGGUAUGGAAGGCGGUGGGUGUUGCCUGCUCUCCAGAGGGAUCCCAGGAAGAUUCUGUGGGAAAGCAAUCCUGUCACAACCUCCUUCCAAGGCCAAGCCUCUGAGCUUCAGGGUUCCCAUUACCUGUU